AACCAUUGGCAGGUGGGCAAAGACCCCAUUAACCAGAAGUCAUAAAACUGGAGGUUUAUGAUCAUAAAACCAGCUUCUACUUCACUUUGGACUGUUUUAUUGGCUCAUCGGAUUACGAUAAAGGGUUUUAAAACAUGGCGGUAAGUUAAAUGGUUGAAGUCUUGGCGGUGAUUGUCAAUUUCUAAUUAAAGAAAAACUGUAUACGUGGGACCCAUGUCACUUUGAUUGUAAGAAUUUGGAGUGAGCUUAAACUCUUUCAUUGGUCCUGUCACACACAAUUUCUUACUCAGCGUGACAGUGAUUAAAUUCUCUGUGAGACUUUGACCAUAUUCUUCUUCUUCUUCUUCUUCCAUUUCAUUCCAUGUGGAGGGAGCUGUAGACAACAGGCAUCAUGGCAGCUGAGGGCAAUGAGGCAUCAAAUGGAUGGCCACUCGGACUAAUGAGCACAAGACUACGAGUGAUGGAGACAAUACAGGCUGCUCCAGCAGAACCGUAUUCCUUGCGUAUACGCUCAUCUAGUUUCUCUUCGUUCUCAUCCUCCAACCUUGACACUGAGUCAACAGCAUCCUUCUUCCAAGACAGAAGUGUGCCACUGGGCCGGCUAAUUGGAAUCAGACCAGGGAAUGGAGGUUUGUACUUCCCAAGGAGAGUCCACGCAGAUGAACAAGAAAAAAUAGCCGUAAGAGCUAUUAGGGCCGCAAGUUCUGAAGUCUCUGGAGCACGCAGGGCUGAUAUGUCUCAUGGAAUUUGCAUUCCUUUACUAGCUGGCACCCUAGAAAAGAUGAGCAGAAGCAAGAGCAAGUCGAGACAAUGAUUUUUUUUCGUGAGACGAGGCAUUUAAAGGGAAACAACAUCACUGGCAUUUAUCAUACCUGUUCUGUUCUAUUGUGUAUUUAGAAGGAUUUUUUGUGAAUUGAACAUUACUAUUCAAUUGACAUUUCCAUAAA